ACUUCCGCUUCACUCAGAACAAGAGUGUCGACCAAACACGAGCACUAUCACCUUUACAGUUUAAGCUUUAACUUUCCACCUACAGCGUUCAAACCAACGCGAAGCCUUAAUCUAACUCGUCUAGGUCGAGUUUGAGUUUCUACAUCGCGUCUUGAACGGAAUUAUGGCUCUGAGUUUGGUUAGACGAACGGCGGCGAUGAGUCUGCUCGCGCAGGGCGCGCACACGACGCGCAUGCCCGCUCUAAAAGGGCGCGCGGAGGAUGAGCUCGACGGGUGCGCGGAUGAAACGGAGAAGCUGGUAAGGCCCGGUACGAACGGACUGAAAGGAUUAACGCUGGAAGGGAGGUUCGUGUCCGCAGCAGACAGCUCUCUACCGUCCACACCGGAUCCGCAGGAGCUCGGUUCCGCCGAACUGGAACGCGACACGCGACAACUUCUAUCGGAUUUCUAUCGCGCACACACCGGAAUGUGUCCGCCGGACCGGAAGCGUCAUCACGCGUUACCGACAAUGACGCGCAUCGUCGCGGAUCUUCUCCUCAAACACCACAUAGCAUACAAAGGAAUGUUGCAGCGUCUGGAGCUGGAAUCUCAAGCGGAUGACAUGAGCUUCAUCGGCUGUAUAGCAAAGACAAUGUUCAAAGACGACGCCACGAACUGGGGCCGGGUCGUGAGUCUGGUGGCGUUCGGGGCCGAGGUGUGUUCGCGUCUGAAGGAGCAGCAGAGGGAGCGGUGCAUCGAGGCCGUGGCCCAGGAGAUCUCCUCUUAUCUGAUCUCAGAACAGCUCCACUGGCUCCUCAACAACAAGGGCUGGCAUGGAUUCGUGGAGUUUUUCCAUGUGGAGGAUGUGGAGUCUGUCGUCCGGAACACGUUGAUGGCUGUGGUGGGAUGUGCUGGGAUCGGUGCCGGUCUCGCUCUCCUGAUCCGAUGAUACUCUACGACAGUAUCGCUCUUGUGACUGCCGCAGACGCUGAAGCGUCCGCUAGCGUGUUGUCUGGAGUCAAACUUCCGCUCUGCUCCGAUGGACUCUGCUUUCAGCCCCACAUGUGCUCUCACCAUCACAGCGUUCACAGCACGAAGAUUGUGCUGUCCGUGAACCAGCGGAGACCAAGAAUAUAUUUUCUGAUAUAUUUUUCUAAUAAAAACCUUCAGAAAUGCA